AUGAAGGCGAUCCUAUUGCUCGCCCUCGCCCUCCUCGGGCUGGGCUCUGCGAGCGCCUUCCACGUAACUGAGGACUAUGCUAUCACGGCCACGGACGUGAGCCUCAACGACGCCGGCUUCUCCGGCAAGGGUGUCCAGGAGCAGUUCGGCCGCUACAUGUGGACGUCGCUGGACGGCGAGUGGCUGGUUGUCGCCCACUCGGUGGUCGUGAAGGACGCGUGGGCCACCACGACGGAGCUCGAGUCGGGUGGCUUCAACUACUUCCAGUUCGACCAGGCCACGUACGACCAGGGCAACCAGCCCUGGGUGUCGCGCGGCACCAUCGCCCCGCGCCUGGCGUCGGCCGACUCGAACGUCGGCACGAACAACGAGCAGACGCCGGACCCUUCGGUGAACGACGUCUACACGAAGUUCAAGUGGGAGCGCACGGCCGCCAACGGCAACCGGUGCGCCCGCUUCGACGUGGACGCCAACGGCUUUGGCGCCACCGCGGACCACACCUUCACGGACGGCGUGCCGGUCACGGCCACCGCGCUGGCCGCGCAGACGGCCCCCGUGCAGACCACGUGGUGGGAGUACACCCAGGACGCGGGUAGCGGCAACGCCAACGCCGUGAAGACCAUGACCACGGGCUGCUUCGACUGGCUAACGUCGUUCGCGAUCAACGAGGACGGCUCCGUGCUGGUGUACGGCUACACCGGGUCGGACCAGGUCGCCACCGUGCGCCAGCCGUACGACGGCUCGCCGGUCGAGAGGGUGGCCGUGAACGCGGGUAUCGCCUACGUGUACGAGCGCGAGUCGCUCUCCACGGGCGGCCUCUCGCAGACCUUCACCUACAAGGCCACCAUCACCUCGUCGGUGCCCACCCCCAACGGCAACUGCGGUGCCUCGGUGUCGGCCUACGGCAAGCGCGUGAUGGUCGGCUGCCCCGGUGACGACGUGCACGCCAUCACCGACUCGGCCAACCAGAACCCCGACAACACGCUGGUCCAGGCGAUCCCGGGGGACAACACCCAGGUCGAGGCCGCUUCGCCCGCGGUGACGGUGACCACCGUCACGUCGGCUGGCGGCGCCGUCGGCGACUCCAUCGAGGACCGCUCCAAGGUGUACGCGGUGGGCGCCGUCGAGGUGUGGUUCCGCGCCGCCACUUCGACCGGCACCCUGUCGACCACCUGGACGCGCGAGCAGCGCCUGAUCGAGGACGUCGCGGCCCGGACCAACGGCCGCAACUUCGGCAACCUGGUGCUGGCCUCGUCGAACGUGCUCCUGGUGCAGAAGCCCGGCUCGACCGGCUUCUACGCCUACAUGCACGACGGCGCCACGCCCUCGUCGCUCGCCCGCGCCGACGGCACCACGACGGGCGGCGGCUGGACCAUGGUCCAGGAGCUCUACCCCAAGUUCGCCCCGCCCACGACGUCGUCGCUGGACGACCAGAGCGUCGUCUUCUCCGACACGUUCCUGGCCGUCCGCAACGGCGCCAACUUCGUCGUGUACACGAAGAUGACCAACAUGGACAUGUGCGUGUCGCCCACGGGCUUCUGGAUGCCCGCGGGCAACCAGUGCGAGAACGAGUACAUGUGCGAGGAGGCCAACACGCUUGCGGCCCUGCCUGACACGGUCGCGAACCCCAGCUCGUUCGCGAUGAACCUGGACAUGAUCGCCAUUGGCGUCCCGGGGGCCGACUACGACUACCGCGAGAUGACGCGCAACCACGUCAAGGAUCUGUUCAUCGCCUCGCAGUACACCACCGCGCAGGGCUCGGUGCUGGCCGGCGAGCGCAUCCGCAACGCCGGCCUGGUGCACUACUGGGAGCGCCGCACGAACCUCAACUCGGUCAACAUGAUGGACACGACGCUGCUCGACGUCGCCGGCAACGCGUACCAGAACACGCCCUUCAUCCGCAACCUGCGUGUGCGCAACACGGCCGACUCGUACUUCGUGUACGGCGGCCGCAUCCAGCCCGCGCGCAUGUACUGGGAGGCGCAGUGCGGCGCCUCGGUCGCCGUUGCCAAGGGCCACGUCCUGGCCGGCUGCCCCGCCAACCUGAACACCAACCUGAACGACGCCACCGCGCCGGGGUCGGCCAUCCACGCCUUUGACGGCGCGGACGCCCUCUCGGAGAUCCCGACCAACUCGGCCACCAACGGCGUGAUGUACCGCCGCCCCGUCCUCACGUCGGGCACGGGCACCGCCGCCAACGACGCGACGACCACCCUGGGCGCGACGGACAACGACAACGAGCAGCUGAACCCGUACACGUUCAACCCGUACCACUCGGCGGCGUUCGACGACUACGUGGUGCAGAACUCGCUCUACAUGUCGAGCCUGCAGGUCGACCCCGACGGCUACGUCAUCCUGAUGGACAUGAACAAGCUGGAGCAGAACAUCAAGGACGACCAGAGCCAGCUCGUCGACUCGCCCGACCUGCUGUUCGGCGACGAGACCGGCAUCAACUUCGCCGGCGGCUGCCUCGCCAACGACGGCGACAUGCUCCUGGUCGGCGCCCCGGGCGCGGCUCGCAGCGGCGUGGCGGGCGCGGGCGCGGGCGUGCUGAUGAACGGCGCCUCGGGCGAGAUCAUGGGCAAGCUCUGCUCGAAGAUGCCCAUGGCCGGCGUCGCCAUGGGCACGCAGCCGUGUGCCAUCAAGGGCAACUACCGCGCCAUGGUGAUCGACAUCACCAACGUGGAGCGCACCAACCAGAACGGCGACACGGACGCGCUCAACGUGCAGAAUGACGUGGACGGAUUCGGGGCCCUUGUGGACGGGGACCCCAACACAGCCGGUGUGCAGCCUCGUGCCGCCGGCGGUGCCGUGGAGGUGUUCGAGGGCACCACGCACGUGGCGCGCGUCUUCCCUAACGCCCCCAACGCCAACAUGCGGUUCGGCGUGGCCUCGGUGUCGUUCAUGGAGGUGACGAGCACCACGGCCACGGACGUCCUCCUGCUGGUGUCGGCCGACAGCGACGACCUGGUCGCGGACGAGAACGGCGCCCGCCACAAGGCCCAGGCUGCGUACAAGCAGAACGCCGGCUCCAUCCAGAUCUUCCGCCGCACCGUGGCCACGGACGGCACCAUCACCUACCCCUACGUGUCGUCGGUCACGGCCUCGGACACUUACGGCCUGGUGAACCAGUACAACACCGUGGGCGGCAAGGCCCAGGCCGACACCUCGAACGCGAACGGCAACACGGUCGCCGCCGCGUGGGGGACCUGGGGCGCCCAGUACACCCGUGCCCAGCAGUUCUCGAACCAGGGCUUCUCGGUGUCGGGCUCGCUCCUCGCCGUGCCUGACCAGUACGCCGCGCAGUCGAGCAACCUGAACUUCUACGACUACACCAAGCGCCCGGGCUGCAACUGCCAGGACGACCAGGGCCACUUCCGCAACCCCACGACCACGCGCCGCUGCGCCACCAACCACCAGACGUGUGGCGAGGUGCUGCACGGCGCCGUGUACGUGUACUCGUGCACUGCCUCGGGCUGCACGGAGGCGCAGCGCGUGACGCCGCCGUCGAUGUACACCACGUUCGACCAGGCCGGCGGCACGGACUACACCUUCCGCCAGAUGCAGAUCAACUCGCGCUCGGCGAGCAACCCCUACGGCAGCUUCGGCUCGUUCGCCUUCACCUCGACCUCGACGGCCGACUCGACCUCGGCGCUCGGCACUGACACCAACACCAACGCCGCCGCCGUGACGAUGUACACCAAGAACGCUGACGUGUACCUGGACAACAACGCCCGCUUCGGCUACCAGUCGGCGCUCUGCGACAACGGCGACCUGGUCGUGUCGGGCCGCUACCCGGCCUUCUACGGCGAGGACACGGGCGUGCUGUUCUACUACUCCAAGUCGACCACUGCCAACACGUGGACGUACUCGGCCAACAUCACGGCCUACGACUCGUCGGCUGGCAACCGCCUCGGCAGCACGGAACUGGCCUGCACGGGUGGCUUCGUGCACGCCGUCGGCAACAACGGCAAGGGCUUCUCCAGCCACUACGUGUUCCAGGUGGACACCUCGGUGGCCGGCGCCCCCACCUGGAAGCAGGUGGCCCGCUUCGACGACAACCCGACCGGCCUGCUUCCCGGCGAUCAGGCCGUCGUCAACGGCCGCACGACCUACUUCCGCGCCCCCAACUGGCAGAAGCAGGAGUUCCACGACUCGGGCACUGGCAUGCCGCUCAACAUGUUCCUCGACCGCCUCAACACGGGUUCCAACAUGGACGACAUCUUCGAGGGCGGCGACGCGGACCCGUACCUGUGCCGCAACUGCCGCAACGGCCAGACCACGAACUACGGCGCCAUCGCUCGCGUGGACUUCAACUUCGACGGCGCUGGCUGGUCGGACCCGGGCACCACCAACUGGCCGCAGGGCCGCGGUGCCGGUAUCACCGGUAUCGUCAUCGGCUCGAUCAUCGGCGCCUUCCUGGUCGGCAGCACCAUCUACCUGCUGAUCACCGUCCAGGGGCUGUCGGCGGCCAAGGGCCCGGCUGUUUAA